AAAAAAACAAAAAAAAAAUAUUUAAGCCAAUAUUUAAUAUCAGUAGACUAUUUCGUUCGUUUAAAGAUAAAUUCUCUGACUCUCCUGUUACCUACAGGUUUUUCUUUGAAUCGUUUAAACAAAAAUGCCCAAAUAUUUCAUUCCAUAAAUCAACGUACAGAUACUUGCAGUAAAUGUGAUUUGUUAUCAGCAGAAGUAGCGGCAAAACCGCGUGAUAAACAUACCAAAAAUUUGUUAAAACUUCAUCACAAAAAAUCUGAAAAAGCAAGGCAACAAAUGAAACAAGACAUGGCUUUGUCUCAGCUCCCUACCAGUGAUAUUUGCAUGUUUUCAAUGGAUUUAGAACAGGUGUACAUUUUGGUGACACUAACAGAGGGCACAUGUUCUUAUGGCACGAAGGUAUGAGUGGCCGUGGAGGAAAUGAAAUCGCUUCAUGUGUUUUUGAAGCAUUGAAUUCUAAUCAAACAGUGAAACGUAAACUAACUAUGUGGUCUGAUAACUGUGUGGGCCAAAAUAAAAACAAAAUGCUAUUAUUUCUAUGGAUAUAUUUAACACUCACGUAUAAAUUUGACGAAAUUAAUCAUAAGUACUUAGUGUCUGGGCAUUCCUUUCUAUCCUGUGACAGAGAUUUCGCCCAAAUUGAAAAACGUAAAAAGGUGGAAAAGUGUGAAGUUCCAAUGGACUUGGUAAAAUUCAUUGUUCACGCCAAACCAAAUAACCCGUUUAUUGUCACUUUAUUAGAACCCAAUAAUUUCUAUGAUUUCAAAAAAGCAGCAGACAUGUACUUAUAUACUGGAAAACUUCAAAUUUCAAAAUGUUCUUGGCUCAAAAUAACAAAAGACAAGCCCGGUGUGGUGCAAACAAAGACUACCUUCAGUGAACUUGAAUCUUGGAGCGCGUGCAAAAUCAUCAAGAAAGGUGUGAAAGUUAACACAAUAAAAGAGAUGGAUUUACCGUCCUUGGUAUGUGAAAAUAAAAUAUCAGUCGAAAAAAAAAAAUCUUCAACAAAUGCUACCAUUUCUAAAAGAAGAAAAUAAAGAAUUUUUCGAAAAAUUAAUUAAGUAAAUGAAGCUAUU